AUGUACAGUUUCUGCUGUUCCAUAACCAUCAAGAUCAAUUCCUCCAUAAAUUAGUGUUGAGUUGAAUAAAAAAGUUUAAUAAAUAAAAUAAAAAAAUGGCUGCGUGGAGACAAGCUGGAUUAAACUACAUCAACUUCUCACAAAUUGCUGCUAAAUUAGUGCGCCAGGCACUGAAGGCAGAGUUCCGUACUGCUGCUGCAAAACGUGAGGACUCCAGCGUUAAAUUUACUUUGUGGAAAGAUGGGAAACCAGUCACCGAAAAAAUUUGAAUACAUCGAGUAAAGCCACAUAAACAGCAUCGCAGAUCGGUAGAGAACUUCACUCAUCCCACACCAUAAUUACCAUAAAUAUAAAUUAUUAAAGGAUAUAUAUUUAUAUAUAUAUAUUACCAUCCGCAAUGGUAAUUAAUAAAUUUUGGCCACAAUAAAUUAAUAAAAUUACUAAAUUCGUCAUCUUACAACCGGACAAUGGGCUUUGCAGUGAACUAAAAUCAUGUAUAAACACAUAAGUUAAUAAAUAAAUAAAUAUAAUAAAAUAUGAAUAUCAA